ACUUCAUAGACUUAUACAAUUGCAAUGUCUAGCGAACAAUUAGAAAACUUGAAGAUCAGCGAAGCACAAACUGGUGCUCCUGAAACUGCUGUUCCAGCUGCUGCCCCAGCUGCUGCCCCAGUUCUCGGUCCAGAUGGUCAACCAUUAUCUGCAAAGGCCUUGAAGAAGUUACAAAAGGAAAAGGAAAAGGCCGAAAAGAAGGCUGCCAGAGAAGCCCAAUUAGCUGCCGAAAGAGCCGCCAAGGAAGCUGAAGCCGCCAAUGAUCCAGCUAGAGUCAACUACGGAAAAUUGCCAUUGAUCAACUCUUCUACCAAGACCAACACUACCAGAAUCCAGUUCAAGGAUUUGUCCGCUGCCAACGAUGGUGAACAUGUCGUCUUUAGAGCCAGAAUCCACAAGACUAGACAACAAGGUGCCACUAUGGUUUUCUUGACUUUGAGACAACAAACUGACUUGAUCCAAGCUUUGGUCAGAACUAACAAAGAAACUGACGACAAGGCCAUUUCCAAGAGAAUGGUCAAAUGGGCUGGUUCUAUCAACUUGGAAUCCAUUGUCUUGAUUGAAGGUAAAGUCAGCAAAGUUGACGAGUUGAUCAAGUCAGCCACUGUUCAAGAUGUUGAAAUUCAAAUUGAAAAGAUUUACACCAUCCAAGAAACCCCAGAACAAUUGCCAUUGUUGCUUGAAGACGCUUCCAGAUCUGAUGCUGAAGCUGAAGCCAAGGGAUUACCAAUUGUCAAUUUGGAUACCAGAUUAGAUGCCAGAGUCAUUGAUUUGAGAACACCAACCAACCAAGCCAUUUUCAAGAUUCAAUCUGGUGUCUGUCAAUUAUUUAGAGAAUUCUUGUCCAAGAAGCAAUUCACAGAAAUCCACACUCCAAAGAUCAUUGCCGCUGCCUCUGAAGGUGGUUCCAAUGUUUUCGAGAUCAACUACUUUAAAGGCUCUGCUUUCCUUGCCCAAUCUCCUCAAUUGUACAAGCAGCAAUUGAUUGCUGGUGAUUUCGAACGUGUUUUUGAAAUUGCUCCUGUCUUCAGAGCCGAAAACUCAAACACCCACCGUCACAUGACUGAAUUCACUGGUUUAGAUUUGGAAAUGGCGUUUGAAGAACAUUACGACGAAGUCUUGGCCGUCUUGGAAGAAUUGUUUGUUUUCAUCUUUACUGAAUUAAAGACCAGAUUCGGUAAGGAAAUUGCCACCGUCAGAAACCAAUUCCCUGUCGAAGAAUUCAAGAUCCCAGCCGAUGGUAAGAUGGUUAAACUUCACUUCAAGGAAGGUAUCCAAAUGUUGAGAGAUGCCGGUAAGGAAGUUGACGAUUUCGAAGAUUUAUCCACCGAAAACGAAAAGUUGUUGGGUAAGUUGGUUCGUGACAAGUAUGACACCGAUUUCUACAUCUUGGACAAGUUCCCAUUGGCUGUUCGUCCAUUCUACACCAUGCCUGAUGCAGAAGACCCAAGAUACUCCAACUCCUACGAUUUCUUCAUGAGAGGGGAAGAAAUCUUGUCUGGUGCCCAACGUAUUCACGAUCCUGAAUUGUUAAAGACCAGAAUCCAAGCCCAUGACGUUGAUCCAAAUGUUCCUGGAUUGAGAGAAUAUGUUGAUGCCUUUACCUACGGGUGUCCUCCACAUGCCGGUGGUGGUAUUGGGUUAGAAAGAGUUGUUAUGUUCUUCUUGGACUUGAAGAAUAUCCGUAGAGCUUCCUUAUUCCCAAGAGAUCCAAAGAGAUUGACCCCAUAGUUGAGUCUUUUUUGUAUAGAGAUUAAAUUGAUAUAAGUAAAUUAGUAGUGCGGAAAUGUCGUGAUUUCAGUGUUUAUAAAAUUCCACAAUUUCUGGUGCGACU